AUGAGUAAACGAAAAUCAUUAAGAAUGAGUGUAUAUGUGAAUAAUCCAAUGCUUCCAUUAGAUUGUAUUGAAGAAAUCAUCAAGAAUUUAGAUAAUGAUCGAUCAUCCCUAUAUUCAUGGACAUUAGUUAAUCGAUCAUGGUGUCAAUACGCUACAGCCUUACUUUGGAGUCACCCAUUUUCCAAUCUAAACUUAAUAGAUGAUCAAGACGCGGGACAUUUUUUGAUUAGAACUUAUUUAUCAUGUUUAUCUGAUGAAGCACGUCAAAUAUUAGAAGAUGAAGGUCACGUUUUAUCAAAAUCAAAACCAUUAUUUGAUUAUCCUUCAUAUUUUAAAGAAUUACAUAUUGGAAUUUUACAAAACGCUCUUGAACAAUGGUGGACAAAAAAAACUGAUUAUAUGCUUCGAAAGAAAGCUAAUUUCGCCACGUUAGAAGGGUUAAUCUUUGAAAUGUUAAUUAACAAAUCUAAUGGUCUAAGACUUUUAGAUUGUGAAUCACGAAGUAGAUACAACAUGACUGACUGUACAUCAUUCAGUGGAAUUCACAAAGCAGUCUCCCGAAUUUAUGAAUUAAGAAUAAACUGUUCAAAUAUAGAUCAAGGUCAAUUAACCAAUCUUUUAUCAAUUAUAAUCGAAAAUUCUCCACAUAUUCAUCAAUUAGUAUUGACUCCUCAUCAUGAAGGUACGAUAGCUCCAAAAAUUCCAAAACUUAUAGAAGCUCAACAAAGUUUAGAGCAAUUUAGUAUGAUUUCAGCACUGGCUGGACAAUUUAAUCCUUCAAGAUCUGCUUCAAUUUUUUCUGCUCUUACCAGUCAAAUUAAAUCAUUGACAUACGCUGAUUUUAGAAAAAUUUACGUUGAUGAAAAUUCGCUACAAAUAUUAGCAAAAUGUCAUAAUUUAAAAACUUUGUAUUUGGUAAAUUGUUAUCAAGAACAAGAUAUUACUCUUUCUGAUUCAUUAUUUAAAACAGGUCAACUUAGUAUAACGAAAUUAGUUUUAAAUCAUGAUCAUCAUAAUAGUGUUAAAGAUGGUUUAUCACAAAAUACUUGUAUAUCUAUUAUUAUGAUGUCUGCUCAGACAUUACGUGAAUUAUCAAUAGAUUUUAUAAAUCCUGAGUUGGUUCAAAUAUUAAGUACACAGAUUCCACAUUUAAUCUCAUUCGCAAUUCGCACAACACCUCUAUCACAACUCAAAUGGAUAUCAACGUCAACAUUAACACAUUUGGCGAUUAGCGAUGUAGGACCAAACUCUUGUAUGUUUACCAUAGCACCAUUUAAACAAAUAGGUCAAUUAUUACCAUCAACAUUAACACAUUUACAAUUGGAAUGUCGAUACAACGUGGCGCCAGAAAGUAUGACUGAAUUGUUAGAUCAUUGUAAAGCACCAUUGAAAAUGUUAAGUUUGGAUGUAGAAAAGUUUGAUGAUACUCUUUUAGAAGUUGUUGCUGAUUAUUCUAGAGAGAAUGGAAAAUGCAUUAGAGAACUGAGGAUUGCUAAAGACACGAGGUUGCAAUUUGAUCAAGGAUUAUGUAAGAAGUUACAAUCGGUUAUUCCGUCAAUCAAUCAGAAUUACGCAGACCCUUGGCCUUUACUUAUCG